AUGUCUCUGUUGGACGAUUGGUCGACAAGCAACAUUCUCGUCAAUGAUCCUAUGCGUGUCUACCGCGCGAAACGUGACGCCGCGCGCAAACGCGUUACAGACAAGUAUUCCAUCCUCGGCUUCAUCUCUUCCGGCACAUACGGCAGAGUCUACAAGGCCCAGAGCAAAGACAGCGAUGGCCGAAUACACGCCAUCAAGAAGUUCAAGCCGGACAAAGAGGGUGAUGUGAUCACCUACACCGGCAUCAGCCAGAGCGCCAUCCGCGAGAUUGCAUUAAACAGGGAGAUCUCUCACGAGAACAUCGUCGCUCUUAAGGAGGUCAUCCUCGAGGACAAGUCCAUUUAUAUGGUGUUUGAGUAUGCCGAGCACGACUUCCUGCAAGUCAUCCACCACCAUUCGCAGACACUGCGCUCCUCCAUCACCCAGGCCGUCCUCAAAUCACUCACCUACCAGCUCAUCAACGGGCUCCUGUACCUGCACGAGGCGCACAUCAUCCACCGCGACCUCAAGCCCGCCAACAUCCUCAUCACGUCCGCUGGAGUCGUCAAAAUCGGCGACCUCGGCCUCGCACGUCUCACGCAUCAGCCACUGCAGCCGCUCUUCCUAGGCGACAAGGUGGUCGUCACGAUAUGGUAUCGUGCCCCGGAGCUACUGCUGGGCGCGAAGCACUACAACAAGUCCGUCGAUAUCUGGGCCGUGGGGUGCGUGAUGGCGGAGCUCGCUAGCCUGCGGCCCAUUUUCAAAGGCGAGGAGGCGAAGCUGGAUUCGAAGAAAAACGUGCCGUUCCAGAAGGACCAGCUGCUGAAGAUCUUCGAAGUGCUCGGCACACCGAUGGAGCGCGACUGGCCCAAGAUCAAGGACCUACCCGAGUACCAGAACAUGAAGCGGCUUGACGUCUACCAAACCCGCCUCACCGAGUGGUGCCAGUCCCGCAUCCGCCCGCAUGGCACAGACCUCCUGGCACAACUCUUCGCAUACGACCCAGACAAGCGCCUCACCGCCGCCGAGGCCCUACAACACAAGUGGUUCCAAGAGGAACCGCGCCCCACCCGCAACGCGUUCGACUCCCUCCCAUCGCACCAGAUCCCGCCGCACCGGCGCAUCACGCACGACGACGCGCCGUCGAUGAUGCCCGUCGCGGCGGCGGGCUCGCAGGUGCAGGCGCAGGUCUCGCAGGUGCAGGCGACCGCGCAGGCGCACCUGUCGCAGCUCUCGCACUCGCACUCGAACCACUCGAAGGUCGGCAGCGCGGCGAGCUUCGCGAGUAUGAGCGCGGGCGGGAACGGGACGGGCUCGCGCAAGAAGGCGCGGCUGGGGUGAGGGGUCGUUGGUGGUGGGGAAUGUGCUGUAUUUGUACGUAUCGCUCUCUUUUUGUUGUACUUGUAACCUCUGUUUUGCGUUGAGCCAGGCAUGACCGGGGAUAGAACUCGUCUCCGAGUGCUGUUCGACAAUGCCUUUAUCUAUUCUUACACAGGUCAAGGCAGCCUAACUACCCGCAAUAAACAUCCAACGGGCAUCCCACAGCAGUACCCUUCACCGCGCCCGACACGCCUGCAAUCUGCAGCACCGCGUUAGCGAUUCCGCCCAGACCCUCUCCCGCGAUCAUGCCCGCCGCGACGGCAUAGCAGUACAUAACCGCGCCCGCCGGCCAAUACUUCCUCCACGCCAGCGCAACCAGGCUCCCAAACAGCAUCGCCAUCGGGUACGUGCACAGCGGCCCCAGGAUGAACGCGAUCCCCACCGCGUUCCAGUUCGGGAACCACGCGCGGCGCUCGGGGCUGCGCACGAAGCGGUACUUGACAAGCGUCGACACGAUCGCCAGCGCGCCCAGACAC